GGAGGAGGUGGAGGAGGAAGGGAGCGAGCGCGGCGGCGAGGAGCGGAGCCUUCAACCUCUCUAGCCGCGGCAGGACGGGGGCGGCCGCCGCGGGCCCGGGGCGGGGACAGUACGCAGCCUCGCGGCACGCACCCCCGCCCGGCAACGGCCACGACACCCGGGGCGAGCGGGAAAGCGGCGGCGGCGGCGGCGGCGGAGGGGGAAGGAUGCAGGGGAAGAAGCCGGGCGGCUCGUCGGGCGGCGGCCGGAGCGGCGAGCUGCAGGGGGACGAGGCGCAGAGAAACAAGAAGAAGAAAAAGAAGGUGUCCUGCUUCUCCAACAUCAAGAUCUUCCUGGUGUCUGAGUGCGCCUUGAUGCUGGCGCAGGGCACGGUGGGCGCCUACCUGGUGAGCGUGUUGACCACCCUGGAACGCCGGUUCAACCUUCAGAGCGCCGAUGUGGGUGUGAUCGCCAGCAGCUUUGAGAUCGGCAACCUGGCGCUGAUUCUCUUCGUAAGUUACUUCGGAGCACGUGGGCACCGACCGCGCCUCAUCGGCUGUGGUGGAAUCGUCAUGGCGUUGGGCGCACUGCUCUCGGCACUGCCUGAAUUCCUCACCCACCAGUACAAGUAUGAGGCUGGCGAGAUUCGGUGGGGAGCAGAAGGCCGUGAUGUCUGUGCCACCAAUGGGUCCAGCAGUGAUGAGGGGCCUGACCCGGACCUAAUCUGCCGUAACCGGACAGCCACGAACAUGAUGUACUUGCUGCUCAUUGGGGCUCAGGUGCUCCUGGGCAUCGGUGCUACCCCCGUGCAGCCCCUGGGGGUCUCCUACAUCGACGACCACGUGCGGAGGAAGGACUCCUCGCUCUACAUAGGAAUCCUGUUCACGAUGUUGGUAUUUGGACCAGCCUGUGGAUUUAUUCUGGGCUCUUUCUGUACCAAAAUCUAUGUGGAUGCGGUCUUCAUUGACACAAGCAACCUGGACAUCACUCCUGACGACCCGCGCUGGAUCGGAGCCUGGUGGGGCGGCUUUCUGCUCUGUGGUGCCUUGCUCUUCUUCUCGUCCCUGCUGAUGUUUGGGUUCCCACAAUCCCUGCCCCCACACUCAGACCCCGGCAUGGAGAGUGAGCAGGCCAUGCUCCCAGAAAGAGAAUAUGAGAGGCCCAAGCCCAGCAACGGGGUCCUGAGACACCCCCUGGAGCCAGACAGCAGUGCCUCCUGUUUCCAACAACUGAGAGUGAUCCCCAAGGUCACCAAGCACCUGCUCUCCAACCCCGUGUUCACCUGCAUCGUCCUGGCUGCCUGCAUGGAGAUUGCUGUGGUGGCCGGCUUCGCUGCCUUCCUGGGCAAGUACCUGGAACAGCAGUUUAACCUCACCACGUCCUCUGCCAACCAGCUGCUCGGGAUGACGGCGAUCCCCUGUGCCUGCCUGGGCAUCUUUCUGGGUGGCCUUUUGGUGAAGAAGCUGAGCCUGUCUGCUCUGGGGGCCAUUCGGAUGGCCAUGCUGGUCAACCUGGUGUCCACAGCCUGCUAUGUCUCCUUCCUCUUCCUGGGCUGUGACACGGGCCCUGUGGCUGGGGUCACCGUCCACUAUGGAAACAACUCAGCACGUGGCUCGGCCCUUGACCCCUACUCUCCGUGCAACCACAACUGUGAAUGCCAGACAGAUUCCUUCACACCCGUGUGCGGGGCCGAUGGUAUCACCUACCUGUCAGCCUGCUUUGCUGGAUGCAAUAGCACGAACCUUACAGGCUGUGCGUGCCUCACCACCGUCCCCCCUGAGAAUGCCAGCGUGGUUCCAGGAAAAUGUCCCAGUCCUGGGUGCCAAGAGGCCUUCCUAACCUUCCUCUGUGUGAUGUGUGUGUGCAGCUUGAUCGGGGCCAUGGCCCAAACACCUUCUGUCAUCAUCCUCAUCAGGACAGUCAGCCCUGAACUCAAGUCUUAUGCGCUGGGAGUUCUUUUUCUGCUCCUUCGUUUGUUGGGUUUCAUCCCCCCACCUCUCAUCUUCGGGGCCGGCAUUGACUCCACCUGUCUGUUCUGGAGCACCUUCUGCGGGGAACAAGGCGCCUGUGUCCUCUACGACAAUGUGGUCUACAGAUAUCUGUACGUCAGCAUCGCUAUUGCGCUCAAAUCCUUCGCCUUCAUCCUCUACACCACCACGUGGCAGUGCCUGCGGAAAAACUAUAAACGCUACAUCAAAAACCACGAGGGCGGGCUGAGCACCAAGCCAGUCAGAAUUCAGAAUAAAGAAUGGGAUAGCCCUGAAGGGCAUGCACACUGCUGGGCUCAGAAUCUGCUUGGAAGGCACCUCAUGGCUUUCACGAUGCCGACAGCUACAAGCAAGAGGCACUGCCAAAUUCAGGGAACACCUGUGGCCAUCUUGGAGCACGGACAUUUCUGGAUAUGCAUACACAUACAAAACUGAAAAGGCAUUAAAAAAUGAGUCUACUAAAACCACAAGUUCAAGUUGAAAACAUUGCCAGAUUAAGCACUAGAGGUACCCUCUCCCUCCAGUGGGGUGUGGGUGUGGGGGAGGUUGGAGGGAUGGGAACCCCACUCUGCUUUCCAACUUUUGCAAUAUGGGUCACUGUGUAGACCACUCACCCAGUCUACGUGUGACUCAAGCCCUCAGAGUUCUCUAAGAGAUGCUGAUUGGGUGAUCUGGACUGGAAUCUGUGGUUGGCACCUCUCACCAGCUCCAUUUCCAUGUUCAAGACUGAGGGCCCAAGGGGGAGCUGGGUGGGGAGCAUGUACCUCCUCACCUCCUGACACCUCCUCCCUGCCAGCCCCACAGUGUGACCUCAGGAAGCUGUGGGCCUCACCUGGCUAUGACUGACCCACUCAGAGCUGGUGAGCGCCAAUAUAGCCCAUGUCAUUUAACUACAUUUGCCAAACAUUUUGCCAUUUUUUUCAAAAUCAACAACAAAAAUAUAAAGCGUACGAAUUUCCAACUGUUGUAUGUAUAAUCCUCUAAUACUAUUUUUAACUGCUUCUAGAAUCUGUGUUAACCCUUCAGUCACUAACAAAGCUUUUACUUCUCUCCUUUUUUUAAUGCACCAAAAAUAUAAAGUGAUUCAAGGGAUACAAUUAAUCUAUUGUAAUUUUUAUCCUCAUUCUGAUACUGUGAAAACAAAACAAAACAAAACAAACAAAAAAACAAAAACACAAUGUGGUAUAAGAAAAAGAUACUCUGGAAAGAGUGUAAAUGCAUCUUGAAAAUAAUCACAUUUGAGAUAACGGGAUAAUGUGACAAGUUGCAAAUCUGCCUUCUGGCUUUAUUCCCCAUGGUGAUGUUACUGUCACAAGAAGCCCUUUUAUAUUCAUGCUUCAGGUCCAAUGGGCAUUCCUUUUAGCCUGUGAAGGAGACUCACUCAAAUGUGGGUUUAUGUGGAUGGGAGCCGUGCUCCUGGGGAUAGUAGAGAGAGGGUGUGUGGUUCCUGCCUAUGGCUGUUGAGUGAGCUGUGAUACCCGUGAUCAUAAACCCACAAGUGAUCCUAAGUGAUCACAUGACCAGUCCAUGAAAAUGUUAGUGGCAAGUCCCAGGUCAGUCCUGAACUCUGUGCAUUGAAAGUGGCUGAACCUCAGAGCAUUGCCUUGCCAUUUGGGAUAAGAGUCGUAUGGGGGAUGGGAGGUGGGGACUCUUACACCAGCACACGUAAGACAAUAUGGCCGCUCUCAGCAGGUACUGGGUCAGAUGGAAUCAUAUACAUGCACAGCAGAGGGCCCAGUCAGCUUGCCCUUCAUGCCUCUUUAUUGACCUUUUUUGUAGACAUACAUAGGGUACCAAAGUAGACCACAGAGGAUGCUUGGUUUCAUUUUCCUCCUUAAACAUCCACUUACAGUACACCUGAAGCAAGGAAAGGAAUAAGGCCAGAAGAGUAAAGACGGACAUUGUGCCAUAUUUAUUUUACAGAUGGUGUAAAUGGGGGAGGUCUAGGUAAUAGCUCCAAAGUAGAGAAGACAUCAAGCAAAGACAACCAAGAAAAUGGCUGUGUGGCACUGUGGCUGUGGUUGGCUGCCUCAUUCAGGGUGCUUCUAAAGCAGACCUUCCAUCGAUCUACCUAGAGUUAGCCUACCCUUGUUCAUGAACACAGGGUGCUCCUCAAUAUCAGAACUAGGCAAGGGGGAACAGUUCUCCAACCAGUUCAUAAGGUGACGUUUUGUUGCUCUGAAGGUUUUGGUCACACUCCAAACAGGUUUUGGUUCAGUCUUGUUUUUAAAAUGAAUGGCUAAUGGGUUACUGCCCUCUCUGUUGUGUGUCUUUCCAAACUGAGGCCCUGGGCUGUACACUUUGUUUCAUGAGAUGAUUUGCUUUUUGGAAAAAAAAAUAAUGAUUUUUAAGCUCUU